CUACACGUGCGCAGAUGUAUUGGUCAGCUCAAGUAAAGAGGUUAGAGAAUAAUCUGAAUAUAUUUCAUAUAAUGUUAGUAAACCAUAAAUAUAAUACAAGUCACUUCUAAAUGAUAAAUGACGUGGUACUUUGGAAAUACGUGUCUACAUAAAAGAAUUUUACAGCAUUUAACAAGUGUCCGUGAAAUGUCGAAACAGACCUCGAAGAAAAGUGGAAAAACUCAGAAAGUAACGGUUAAUGAGGAAUCUAAAGGACCUGUAAGUCUAGAUAAAGACGGAAAUGUUACCAUAAAAAUUCAAGCAAAGCCUGGAGCUAAGCAUAAUAAUAUAACGGAUAUUUCAAACGAUGCCGUGGGUGUCGCCAUAUCUGCACCUCCUGUCGAAGGCGAGGCAAAUACGGAACUUGUAAAAUACUUGGCUUCCGUAUUAGGCAUGCGAAAGUCAGACGUCUCCUUAGAUAGAGGAUCUCGAAGUCGACAAAAAGUCGUCGUAGUAUCUGGCGGCACUACAGUAGAGAAAGUUAUGGAAAAAUUGAAAGGAGAAAUGGGAACUUGAUAAUGGAAACUUGUUAACGCAUCUUUUUUAUUGUCAUGAUAUCUAUUGUUUUUUAUACACAUAUAAUAUUAUACUCUUCUGUUGAGUCAUAUUUACUGUACAUAAAUAUGGCAAUUCUGUCAAUAUAAUAUGUUCAAUUAAUUUAUACAAUAAAAAUAUUAACUUUA